AUGACUCUCGAGGACUUGAUUGUUUGUCUAAGGAUCAAGGAAGAAAAUAAGGCUGCCGAGAAGGCUAAAGGAAACUCAAUAACUUUGGGAGCAAAUAUUGUUGAGGCUGGUCCAACAAAAUCAAAAAAAGGAAGAAAUCUUCUGGACCGAAGAACUAUCCUAGUAAAAAAAAAGUUCAAGGCAGACUACCGCAACUGUGGAAAAACUGGACAUAAGGCUUUAAAAUGUCGUGCUCCCAAGAAGAAAAAGAAGAAAGGUCAAGACAACAUGGUUAAUACAAAUGGAGACUUUGAAAAUGUGUGUGCUACGUUGACUGAUUGCAACCUAGUAGAAAAUCCCAAGGAGAGCCUUGCAACUUAUGCCCCUGCUGCACCUGAUGAGACUAUCUACAUGAAAAAUUCUGCAACAGCAAAAGUUGAAGGCUAUGGAAAUGUAUUUCUAAAGAUGACCUCUGGCAAGGUUGUGACUCUGAACAACAUUUGUCAUGUUUCAAAAAUGAGGAAGAACUUGGUUUUGGCUGGUCUUUUAAUCAAGAAUGAAUUUAAGUACGUUGUUGUUUCUGAUAAAGUUGUAAUUAGUAAGAAUGAAAUAAAGGAUAAGCCGAACUUUAAAGGAAAUGAUGAAUACCUUACUUAUAAGUUCAGGUUUACCACAAAAAUUGUGAGGAAAAACCAUCCUUACAGCAAAUCGAAUACUCAAUAG